CAAAAAAUAUUAAAAGAGGAUUGUGAUAAUCACCUGGGCUUAAUCAAAAACCAAAAGUAGAAAGUCUACUUAAGUAAAACAGCUACCACACAAAUGAUAAUAACAAAGAAACGUCUAAAUGAAAUUGUAAGCCAUAUAUCCAAAAAUUAUGGCCUGCAAACCUGGAGAUUUAUUUGUCAAGACAUGACAGACAAUAUCGAAAAUUAUUUCGGCAUAUUGGUACCUUUAACUAUAAUUGGAACAAAAGAAGAUUGUGAUACGGAACUCAAUAUAUUUUUAAAAGUUCCACCGAUCUAUGCUGCUCCCAGACUUAAACCAAUAUACGAAUACUUGUUUAAUACUGAAUGUUAUAUAUAUGGAACUAUAAUUCCUCUUUACAAAACUACGUCGAAUUACGGAAGAAUCGAGGAGUUUAUACCAGAACAUUACUUUAUAGAUUCAGCACCAGAGCAACACGUGGUAGCUCUGAAAAAUAUGGUAUCUGAAGGUUUUAAAAGGUACAACAAAGAAAGAUUUCUCGACUUUGAUCACACUUUAGUUGCUCUAAAAACAUUGGCACAAUUUCACGCUUUCUGGGUUAUUUUAGAGAAAAAAGGAAAAGCACCAAAAGAUAAAUUAAUAAGACCGUACAAUGACAAUCAUCCAAAAGAGUAUAACAUAACAUUGAAGUUAGCAUUGAAAAAUCAUGUCAAACAUUUUGCAAAAACCAAGUAUGAAGAGUUUCUAAAAUCAUUAUAUACCAGGUUUGACGAAAUUCGGGUGGAGAGCUCAACAAAGGCAAAGCGAAUGCUUUUAGGCCAUGGAGAUUACUGGAAGGAAAACAUACUCUUUAAAUAUAAGGAAGGAAAACCUAUCCAGGCGUGUAUAUUGGAUUUCCAGACAAGCCGUCUCUUAAGUCCAGCGCAAGAUUUUCUCUCCUUCCUUUUAUACAGCCAUUUUUCGCCUUCAAGACUGCAGAACUUUGAUCAUUUCUUAACCGUAUAUCUAGAAACUUUUCACCUCACCUUACGAGACAAUAACAUAGACCUAUUAACCUAUACCGAGGAGAUUAGACAUGAUUUUAGAGUGGUUGCAAAGGAUUGCGUCAUUACUUCAUUUAUGGCUUUUGCGCUAUGGGUGGGACUCGAAGACGACACAUUGGUUAAAAGCAAAGAGGCAAAUAUUAAAAAUGACAGUAAUUUGCAGUUUACGAAUCUAAUCACUCAUAUCUUAGACGACUUGAGUGCCCUAGGAUUCAUCACUUUAUAAGGGACCCAAAACAACCUAAGAUGUACGAAUCAAAGAGGAUGUAAAUACUACGUAAUAAAAGGCGUGAUUGCCAUAGUAAAAAUUGAAAAUUUUUGUAUGAAACGUGCAGUCAUUUGACAUAUUAAGUUUGAAAUAGUAGUAAUUACAAUAAGGCGAUUGGGCGAAGUAUAAUCCGGCUAAGUUUGAAAGCGAAUAUUUGCUUAAAACGUAGUGGAUUUCGGCUAUCUCCGUUUUUUACAAGAUUAUAGCCGUCACCUGUCAAUCUAUCAAUGACUGCACGUUUCAUACAGUCGAGCGAAUCGCUUUUUUCUUAGGCAGUUUCGCUAGGCUGGUACGAAAGUACUUCUUAAAAAAAGAAAAGACUCGUAUUGAAUCCUUUCGUUAUCUGCCAGGCUUGUCUCCGGAGCGCGUUGAAGUAUUAAAUUGAUAUUAACAUCAAA